AACGCAUGCACUCAGUUGGUUAUGGCUAGUCACCAGGGAAACAGACGGCGCACAAAACGAUCCGAUUUUAAACAAUAACAUAAUCUCAAUAAUAAUAUUAAUUCAUCACCGUCGGAUUAAGUAUACAUAUUAUUACUGGCAUUUCUACUCAAUUCGGUUCUUUUCGAAAACUGUAUAAUUUAUAUAAAUAUAUAUAUUUACAUAGUCGUUAAAUCUAAUUACAUAUAUAAACGUUGUUUCUUAUCAUUCAAAAUCGUAUUAUUAUUUAACCGUUUUGGCGUUUUGAAUUUCAUUGUUCGCUCUGCACAAAAUGGCAUCAGCUUCUACCGCGUUGGUGAUCUUUGGAUUUUCUUUGUUCUGGUCUAUAUGCUCGGCUGAUCCGUUCGCGAUGGAUAACUGUUGGCGGAAAGUGUGGUCCCUGACGCCCUCGUGUACCGAAAUGGACAGUUCUUCUGGUAGUCCAAGGCUGUGCGUUUUUCAGUCAAGAUGCGAUAAUACGUCGAGACCAAAUGCAUGUACAAUUGAGUUCAUUAGUUAUGAAGAAAAUUAUCCGAUCAAAGCAAUGACGAUUUCGGAUAACCAAGUGCCUAUAUUACAACCUAGAAAGUCCACAAAUGUUGAAGCUUGGAUUGGAGGUUUAGUAUCAGUUGGCAUCAUAAGUUUAUCGGGGCUCGUUGGCGCAAUUUUUUGGCCACUACUCAACAACCCGAAUCGUAAGAAAACUGUUAUGAGAAUUCUUUUGGGUUUAGCUACAGGAUCAUUAUCGAGUUCAGCUGUAUUCCAACUUCUUCCAGAAGCGUUCAAAAUAUCAGAGUCGUUUCCUGAUUUUAGACAUACGGCUCUUAUAAUGUGGUUGAGCUUGUGGGGAUUAUAUAUGAUCGAAACGUUAGCCGGCAUUAUUUUCUACAAAGAAGAAAAAAAGAUAGGCAUUGAUGAACUAUCGCCGUCACUUCAGCUUAACAAUGCCAACGGGACAGAAAUGAAACAAAUAUCGCACGGUCACGGUCACGGUCACAGUCACAGUCACAAAUUAACAAAUAAAUCAAUGGACGAUAAGAGCCCGAUUUCAACGUUAGCUCUAUUGGUGCUGUUUGGUGACAGUCUACACAACAUAAUCGAUGGUAUGUCGAUUGGUGCUGCGUUCUCGGAAAAUGUCACCACCGGAAUAUCCAUAUCGAUUGCAAUUGCGUGCGAGGAAUUCCCUCAUGAAAUCGGAGAUUUCGCUAUACUAAUUCAGUCCGGCAUGUCAUUCCGUCGUGCUUUGUCAUUUAAUUUCCUGUCGGCUUGUACAGCGUUUAUAGGUUUGGUAAUUGGUAUUUGUUUGGGAAACAUGGAAUAUUCUGGAUUUGUAUUCUCUUUUGCCGGUGGGUUGUUCCUGUUCAUUACUUUAACACAUUUGACACCAGAAAUGAAGAGUAUGAUCGAUGAAAACCUGGUCGAAAGCAAAUCGUCAGCAUACACUGGACUAUUAUUGCAAAAUAUUGGGAUGUUAACCGGCGCUACUCUGAUGUACUUCAUCACGUUUUCUGGUUUCAUGAAAAUAUAAUGAUACAUUUAUACUUCAAUAUUAUACCUAAAUAUUUAGCGUACACUAUUCUUUGAGCGUCUGGUGGAGGGUUUUACGAAAUUUAACAUACCUAUUUAUAUAUUUUUUUAAUUAUCACUAGCUACGUUCAUUGUAUAGUAAUAUUGCUUAAAUUUUAAAUAUAAUAACUAAUACACAGAAAUGGUUGUUGUAAUAAGUUAGUAAUUAAUAAUAAUUAAUAGGUUAGGUUAGGUACAUGUCAAUAUUUUAUCGAUCGUUGAUAAUGAAAACGAGAUUUAUAGUUAAUAAUA